GUGGAACCCGCGACGCCGCCGGACGCGACGCCGCCGGACAACUACCACGACAACGACCACCACAACUACAACACCGAUGUGGUUGACGCCUCUUGCGGAUGAACUCCACGAGCUCAAGAGCUUCGCGUACGAAAUCAAAGCCCACCUCGAGCGGCUGGAGAACGCGACAGCCCUGCUGCAACGCGAGGCUGUCCGCUCGGAUGAUGAGGGCGCUGCCGAGGUCUCAGCAGAGAUUGAGGAACAUGAGGAAGACUACAUCGAUGAGGAGAACGCGGCUGAUAGGUGGAACCCGCGACGCCGCCGGACGCGACGCCGCCGGACGACAACAACGACAACGACCACCACAACUACGAUUCCGUUGUGGUUUGCGUCUCUUGCACAAGAAGUCCACGACCUCAAAAGCUUCGUCUACGAGAUCAAGGCACACAUCGAGCGGCUUGAGAACGCGACGGGAUCAUGA